UGUGAGAUACUCACAGGCUGGGCCUGUGUGUAGGAGAGAGAGUGUGUGCAGCACAGAGGACACCGAGAACAGAAAGGGCUACACGGGUGAGGCAGCCAGGCGGCUGCUGUCCGCACCAGGAUGGCACUUCCUGCGGGCAGGCGUGUGUAGCAGUCGGAGACGGCACCAGACAUGUGGCUCUUCUUUGGGAUCGUUGGAUGGCUGGCAGCAGCUCUCUCAGGCCUCCCAUCUUCAUCCCCCUCUGACCAGCGCAGAAAUGGCAGCACCACAAAUGUGCCCUUGGACCCAGAGGAGCAGCUGGGGGUCCGUCUGGUGAACGGGAGCAGUCGCUGCAGCGGGUCCGUGGAGGUUCUACUGGGGGCAUCCUGGGAGCCUGCGCACGUGGUACACCAGGACAGACUCACCACCGAGGCUGUGUGCGAAGCGCUGGGCUGUGGCGCUUUGGAGAAGGCUACCUACCUGAUGCCACCCACCUCGGAGUUGCCACCCAGGGCCACCUCUGGGAACACCAGCAGCGCUGGGAAUACGACAUGGGCGCGGGCACCAACCGUGCGAUGCAGCGGAGCCCAUUGGAAGUUCUGCAAGAUGGAGAACCAUGAGUACAUCAGCGACAGGAGGCUGGUGUGGGUCACCUGUGCAGAGAACCAGGCCGUGCGAUUAGUGGAUGGUGGCAGCCGCUGCGCUGGCCGCGUGGAGAUGCUGGAACAUGGCGAAUGGGGAACAGUGUGCGAUGACACGUGGGACCUGGAGGACGCGCACGUGGUGUGUAAGCAACUGAGGUGUGGCUGGGCAGUGCAGGCGCUGGCAGGCUUGCACUUCACCCCAGGCCAAGGACCCAUCCACCGAGAUCAAGUGAACUGCUCCGGGACCGAGACGUAUCUGUGGGACUGUACCGGGCUGCCUGGAGACCGGUACUGUGGUCACAAGGAGGACGCAGGAGUGGUGUGCUCAGAGCACCAGUCCUGGCGCCUGACCGGAGGCGUUGACUCCUGCGAAGGGCAGGUGGAGGUGCACUACCAAGGGGUCUGGAGCACCGUGUGCGACAGCGUGUGGUACACGUCUGAGGCCAAAGUGCUCUGUCGGUCCUUGGGCUGCGGGUCAGAGGUGGAUCGGCCCAGGGGGCUGCCACACUCUCUAGCGGGUAGAAUGUACUACUCCUGUGAGGGAGACGAACUCGCCCUCAGCAAGUGUUCCUGGCGGUUCAACAACUCUAACUUGUGCAGCCAGUCGCUGGCAGCCAGAGUCAUCUGCUCAGGCUCCCGAAGACAUCACAACCUGUCCACUUCUGCAGUGCCUUCUCAAGUGCCGGGCGCCAUAGAAUCUUCUGUGCCAUCGAGUGUGAAGGACAGGGAGUCUCGAGAGUUGGCGCUCUUCAUUUCCUGUAUUGUCCUGGGAAGUCUCCUUCUUGUCUCCCUCAUCUUCAUAGCAGUUCUGCUCUUGAAAGCUAAAGGACAAUACGCCCUCCCUGUUUCAGAGAACCACCAGCACCUGCCCUCUGCCAUCCAAGCAGGAGUCAAUAACUAUCAUGCUGUCCCCAUCACCAUUCCCAAAGAAGCUCCCAUGCUGUUCAUCCAGCCCCAGGUCGCUGAGGUCUCGGACUCCAGUUCCGACUCCGACUAUGAACAUUAUGACUUCAGCUCCCAGCCGCCUGUGGCCCUGACCACCUUCUACAAUUCCCAGAGGCAUCGGGUCACAGAGGAGGAGGCCCAGCAGAACAGGUUUCGGAUGCCACCCUUGGAGGAAGGUCUUGAAGAAUUGCAUGUUUCACACAUCCCAGCUGCUGACCCCAGGCCCUGUGUGGCGGGUGUCCCCUCUCUGGGCUCUCAGUACCACAUGAGGAGCAACAGUGGGUCCAGCACCUCCUCCGGGGAGGGUUACUGCAACAGUCCCAGCAGCAAGCCACCCCCAUGGAACUCUCAGGUGUUUUCUUCCGAGAGGAGCCCCCCCGGAGAGCAACCCCCCAACUUGGAACUGGCUGGCUCUCAGGCAAUGUUUUCAGCAGGGACAGCAGACGGUGACAGUUCCAGCACCUCAUCUGGAGAGUGGUACCAGAACCUCCAGGCACCACCCCUACACCCUCCAGUGGAGCAGUUUGAAUGUCCAGGAUCCCCUGACCCCCAACCAGACUCCACUGAUGAAGAGGAGGACUAUGAUGACAUUGGAGCAGCCUAGCCUGGGUGCCUAAGGCUUAUGGGUGGCCCCUCCCUGAACUCUCCUGCUCUACCACCCAUCAACUUCCAACAGGCUGAGGCCCCCCAGCUGAGUGUAGAAGGGCAUCCUCCCAGACCCUCAGCCUCCACCCAUCCAUGGACCUGCAGGAGCCUGGAGCAGAAGGAGUGACCAACCGUGUGAGCACUGAGUCCUGGGGCGAGCAAGCAGGGUCUGACCACUUCUUGCAGUGGCACUUCCGGCAGGGCCAUGCUAGGGAACUCUGAGGCCUCAGCUCACUCUGCCAUGUCAGGUACUCUGAUCCUAUGUCUCGAGAAGCUACGGAGGGACUGAGCAGCUCACCCACUGCUGCAAAAUAGGUCCUGGGUCAGGGGCUGCCAUUAUCACUUGGGAAGUCAGUACUGUCUGAAUGCAAUCAGAGAAACACUCACUGAGCAUGGGACAUGGCCUUCCUGGGCACUGUCAGCUGAGAGUAACCAAGACAAACACUCACUUAAGGCUGAAGCCAGUCCUGCCAACCAGAGGUCUCUGAGCCCACCACAGGCACUGGCUGGACCUCUAUCUCUAUCCCUGGACAACUAAACAUUAUUCUGUGCUCCUUGGGGCUUAUAGAGGGUCCCUGGCCAGCCACAGAGUCAAGGGACAGGCAGCUCAGUUGGGGCAAGAGUGAAGGGGUCUACCUGAAGGGUUAGAGGCCGCCAGAAGCUCUGAGUCCCCACAGAUCCCCUUGGACUGACAAGAGUGCUUUGGGUGAAAGUAGCUAUUGCACCCCGGACUUUAAAGAAAACCUUCCCACAGCCUCAGAAAACUGGAGGGUUCCAGACAAGCUAUUGUGGCGUGCCCUGAGUUCCUGAGUUCCUGAGAUUAAAUGAUUGCUGAGUGAAAA